CGCAAUGAACGUUGAGGUGGCACCUGUGCACGGGCAUGCGCGCGAACUGGAGCCGGAACGACGUGGUCUGCAUGCAGCCAUGGAAGGCGAAGAGGAGCACCAUGGGAAGAAGCCGGUGUUUGAGAAGGUAAAGGAAAAGGUGAAGAAGAUCAAGGACACCAUCAGCAAAAAGAAGCAUGGCCAUGGCGACGACAACCAUGACGGCCACCGCGAUGUAAGCGAAGAAGAGGAAGGCUACGAAGAGGAUGACGAAGAAAGGCUCGACGACCCUGCGGUCCACGGCGCCACUGGCCAUACCGGUGGCGAGAAGGCGAGAGAUGUCGAGAAGGCGCCUCUGAAAGACUACGUCAGGAGCUUGGAAGAGGAUCCUGCUGCUCCGAUGUCGGACACUUCAGCCCAAAGAGGCAGCUGUUGUGCGGCAGGUGGGGAAGACAUAGGGACGUCGCCCGUGAUCCAGGCCUUCGAGGCCAUGACCGUGACCGACCAGCCGCCGGUGAAGAACGAAGUAUGUGGAGUCCACAAUAUAUCGGAAGAAGCUGCGAAGGCCCCAUACGAGGCGGUGGCUGAGGCGGGGGCGUGUGUGAUUGAGAAGGUGCAGCAGGGGGACAGCUCAACAGAGGGUGGCAGUGUCCGUGUUGGCUCCGGAGUCCGAGUGAAGCUGGCGGAGAAGCUGAAACCUGGAGAGGAGGACAAGGCACUGUGCGAGGUGAUAUCGGAUGCGAUACGGAAGAGGAGGGAGGGGGCAGAGGAGGCGGCGGCGGCGGUGACGGAUUCCAAUGCGAAGAGUGGAAAGUUGGGUAUGAUGGGGCGGCUCAGAGGUGCCGUCCCAUCUUGGGUUGGCGGACGACGCGAGUCUCGUGCCUCGCCGUCGAUCGAGCACCAGAGAAAAGAGACGGAAGGUGAUCGACCGCAGGAGGAGAUCCAUGAGCAGGAGUUGGAGGAGACGGAGUAG